AUGAAGUUCGGCAAGAACUUGGCGCAUCUCUCUAUUCCCGAGUGGAAGGACUACAAUCUCGACUACAAUGACCUCAAGAAGCACAUCCGGGACGCCACGCAAACGCCCUGCCCGGACCUCAGGGACCUCCGGCGGCUAUUUCUCGAGAAGCUCGGCCACGUGGAUCUUUUCGUCAUGACCAAGCUGGGCGAGUUGGCGCGCAAAGUCGCCAGCGACGCUGCAGAAUAUGCCCGGCUCAAGGCCAGCACCGAGCCCGUGGUCUCCAGGCUCCAGGCCUUGGACAUGCUCCACUACCGCUGCAUCAACGAGGUGUCCAGCGAGCUCCGCAAGCUCAACAAGUUCGUUUUGGUGCAGAAGCUCGCGGUCAAGAAAAUCCUCAAGAAGUUCGCCAAGCACUACCCGGACCACGCCGCCGGCAAGCAGUUUGUGGCCUCGUUGAACAAGCUGCUCCACACCCGCCGCGCGUCGUUCACCCACUACGACGCACUGGAAACCACCGCCACUCUCGUGUACCUCCUCCUGGACGUGGAGCACGAGUCGCGGCUUUUGCACGAGUCGCUCCAGCGCCGCCCGGCCAGGACAUCCAAGGUCCACUCGUCGUCCUCCAUCGGCACGCUCCGCACAUCGGUGUUUUCCGGCGCGGCGCUGCCCGAGGACGUGGCCUUGGACGUGGACUUUGACCUCGACAUCUCGCUCCCGGCGCGGUUCGAUCUCAUCACCGCGUUGAAAAAGAACUUCGCGUUGCACGGCCUCGUUCCGCGCGACGUGGCGUCGCGCAACGACAUCUGCCUCAGCAUGGACGUGUACUUGAACAUCCCCAAGGUUUCCGACACCUUCCGGCUCUCGGUGGUGUACUUGAGUGCCGGCCCCGAGGACGACAGCCCUUCGUGCAUCAUCUCCUACGAGGACUCGCCGGUCUCCACCGUCAUUGCCUGCACGGGCGGCCUACGCAAGUACUCGUACUGCUGCCUCCCCAACACGGUGGUCAACAGCGUCCUCGCGUACACAAGCCCGCAAACCGGCGGCCCCCAGAAACAGCACGAGGCCGCGCGCAUAGCCUCGUACUUGCUGGACGACAGCCUAUCGCACAUGACGAAGGUGGCUGUCACGUGCUUGCUCGAGAGCGGCGUGUCGCCGUGCCUCUGUUUGGUCAUGGCCAGAACCCGUUAUUUCUUGCACAGAGGCGGCCGCCAGCAGGCUCCUUCCUCGGCCUGUGGCGACAAGCUCUCGAUUUCUCCGAUCUCGGGCGACCUUCUGCCUGCCUCCCCGUCGUUGGAGGGGACCCGGCUGUACGAGGACAGCUUCUACUUGACCCUCGACGAGCACAUCUACACGUCGUGCCACGUGCCCACCGAGGUCUCGUUCGACGUGGCCAGCAAGGACCCGUUCCCGUUCAGCACGCUCAGCGUCCACUCCAACGACUCCAACUUGCACAAUUUCGAGGCGUCGCUCUCCACCGAGAUUCAGGGCAACGUGCUCCAGAACAAGUACCGGGCAAUCACGCUCAAAAGGCUCCCGCUCAAAAUCCAGAAUCUUCUCAAGACGCCCUCUGUGCAGCUUUUCAAGGACCUCAACAUGUUCGACUACAUGCGCUCGUGCUACUGCAACGUGAUCCCGCCAAAGCCCAACAACCACUACUCCCGCCUUCUCUGUGUGAAUUUGUUCAAGUGCUACGAGAACAUGGAGGCCCUCAAUGAUCAGCACAACGUCGACGGCUCCAUCAUCCAGGACAAGAGCCGCAUCAUUCUCAAUAGACAGAAGUCGUACAAAUCACUCCGUGAAGUGGGGGAAACCUGCCGCGAGCCUGUGCAGCAGAGCGAGGGUCUACCUUUGCUAGAGGAACAUUCCUCCAACCCGUGCUGCGCAUCCACCACUCAUCAUAAAGGGAGCUUCAGUGAGUACCAUCUUUCUAGAUUGUCCGACUUGGAGCAGUACAAUGACGAGGGGAACGAAGACAGCUACAUUGCCUAUCUCAACUUGAGCAAUGACCUCGAAGACAACUUCUUGAACAAUGCCGUGCUUUCUUUCAUUCGCUUCAAGUAUCGGAUGAGAAAGCUACUUGGCAGCCGCCCUUCCGAUAUCACUGCAGCCCUUGUGUUUCGUCCCCGGGCGACUGACCACUGGGAGACACAGAAGUACAACUACGACUCCAUCAACGAGGACACAACAUUCCUCGACAAGUCAAACGACUACCAAGACAGGCUCGUGCACGACUACGACUACGUUCUUUCACUUUUUUACUUCUCACUUUGCUUCAGUUCCAUUUUCAUAUCUGGUAUCAACAUUGGAAUCCUAUACUCAUUGUUUAACAUAAUGAGCAAGGGAGCAAAGUUCAGUGUUUCUGACAACUUUAUGGUGUUCAUCUUGCUUACUUUCGGAUUCCUCUUUUCCUUGGCUUUCACGAUGAUGAGCAUCAACUUGAACUUCCAAAGAUUUAAGCAUUCGCCAUCUUCACAUUCUGGUAUCAUAUGGACGGGCUUCAUACUUGUGGUACUCACGACAACCUGGUCGUUAAUAUGUAUUAUUUCGUAA